AUGAUUGAAGAAACAUUUUUAUUGCUGGACUGUGGCUGGGAUGAUAAAUUUGAUAUGGGCUAUAUUGAGUCUAUAAAGGCACGAAUACCACAGAUUAGCGCUGUAUUAAUCACGCACCCCGAUCAACCACAUCUCGGUGCUUUACCCUAUCUGGUGAAAUACUGUGAUCUUACUGCACCAGUCUAUUGUACUGUGCCGGUUUACAAAAUGGGUAUGAUGUUCAUGUAUGACUGGAUAAACAGUUUGAUGACAGUCGAGAAUUUUGAGCUGUUCACACUGGACGACGUUGAUGUGGCAUUUGACAGAAUGCAGAAGCUCAAGUUCAAUCAAACGGUCCCUUUGCGAGGUGACAGCCAAAUCAAAAUCACCGCUCUGCCAGCGGGUCAUAUGAUCGGUGGUGCUAUGUGGAGGAUAACUCGACAUGAUGAAGAAGAUAUCAUUUAUGCUGUUGACUAUAAUCACAAAAAAGAAAGGCAUUUAAAUGGAUGCUCUUUUGAUACUAUUCUAAGACCUUACCUUCUGAUAACUGACUCGCUGAAUGCGAUGUAUACACAACCAAGAAGGAAAGAGAGGGAUGAACAAUUGGUGACAACAAUCCUUAAAACCGUCCGGCAGAAUGGUGAUUGUGUUAUCGUGAUUGACACAGCAGGGCGUGUUUUGGAAAUUGCACAUCUCCUUGAUCAGCUGUGGGCUAACACCCAAUCUGGCUUACAAAAAUACAAUCUUGUGAUGCUGAGCCAUGUAGCUGCUUCUGUUGUAGAAUUUGCUAAAUCUCAGGUGGAAUGGAUGUCGGAUAAAGUUCUGAAAAGCUUUGAGACCGGCCACACAAAUCCUUUUUUGUUGAAAAAUGUCAAACUAUGUCAUUCUCAGAUCGACUUAGCCAGGGUCAGGUCUCCGAAGGUAGUUUUAUGCAGUGGUAUUGACAUGGAAUGCGGCUAUUCUCGGGAGUUAUUUCUUGAUUGGUGUAACGACAGUAGAAAUUCGUUCAUUAUCACAGGCAGAUCAAGCGAGCGAACUCUGUGCUCCAAGCUUAUCUACAUGGCUGAAUGUUUGGCAACUAACUCAAGGACGAAUAGAAUUGUAGCCUUAGAAGUAAAGAAGAGGGUUCGAUUAGAGGGUGCCGAACUUGAAGCCUACAAGAAGAAGAAGGCACAAAAAGACAAGGAGGAAGCCAGACGGAGGUUGGAGCAGCAAGAGAAACGCCAAGCUGAACUUCGUGGCUAUGAUUCGGAUGAUGACGAUGAAAUGAUAGCAAGCGCCUUAGCCGCCGUUGAAACUCUUCGUACGAAAAAAACGAAAGAAGAAGAAGCCGCGGCUGCAGCGAAAGGUGGUGAGAAGCUUUCAAAAACAGCAACUCCAAUGGUUAUUGACUUGGAACCGAAAAAGGAAAUC